UAGGCGAGGGCGGCACGUUUUCAUGACGCGCGCGCCCCGUGAUACGCCAUCCGCUGCGAACAUCCCUCCUCCGUCCGGUCGUGUGAAUGCACCUUUACUGACAAGCGACAGGCAGAGAUGGAGCAGCCACGGGGAGACGCGGCUGCAGGGAGCCAGGAAACAGCACCGUCUGACUGUGUGUGCAACGAUGACGAAGUUUCCCAAGCGACACUUUGGGCCAGCCGCACACCGUGGUACUACGCUGCCGUACUCUGGCUGGUGCAGUUGGGUUCCGUUCCUAGUCACGUGGCCAUCAUGCCAGACGGCAGCCGGCGGUUUGCGCAGCGAACGGGCACAGACCUUCGACGGACAUACAUCGUUGGAGCGCUUCUAUUCGGCAGGGCAUGUCGGUGGUGCUUCGAAGCGGGUGUCAGCCGAGUGACAGUGUUUGUGUUCGCACUCCGUCACAUGCGGCGCAGCACCUAUGAAAAGACCGCCCUCUUCUCGGCAGCCAUGGACACCUGGGCCAACAGCCUGCGCACUCUGAGUCACAUCGAUAGCCUCGGUAUGCGGAUGAUGUGUGUGGGUCAAACUGAACUCCUUCCGAUUGAGCAACAAAUUAAGCUAGCUGAACUGGAAGUGGCUACUUCGCACAGUCAAAGGUCACACACUUGCCUGAUCUGCACUGGUUACAGCAGUAAAAACCAGAUGGCUCGUGCUGCCUUGCAUCUGGCUAAAGCCGUGAAAGCAGCCAUUAUUACGACCAAGGACGUCACAGCGGAAUUGUUGGACGCCUACAUUGCUCACACGGAAUGCCCGGAUGUGGACAUGCUGAUGCUAUGUGCAGGCCCUAGGUUCAGUGAUUUUAUGGUAAUGCAAUGUAGUUACGCCUACCUGCACAUAACGCCAAAGAUGUGGCCGGAAGUCGACUUCUGGGAGUGGAUCUGCGCAUUUCUCAUGUACCAACUACACUGGUGUGAUAUCUCUACAGCAAAAGAAAAGCAUCGUGCUCUGGAGGCUAUUCGCCGUGGCUUGCCAGAUCCUGAACGUGCGUUACGUCAACAAAUCUUCAUAAAAAGCGUUACAGCCGCCGGCACUGAGGCCUUCGGUCACUCUGGUGCACACCUGAAGAACUAGAUGCAAAUAAAGCAGCUGCAG